UAGCAACACAGGGACCGGUCACACGGGAACUGCACAGGCCACCUUACAAGGGGCUAAAAGCAGUUGACUACUUUCUGCAGCGUGGGUCUCGCUGUCGCGCCGCCUGGAUCGCGCUGACGACGUUCCUCCCGCUCUCCAUGUUUACUGGGAAUGACCGGAUGUAAGGUGAGCAGGGACACCUAGCUGCCCCUGUCCUCCGGUCUGUGUGUGUGUGUUCACGCUGACGUAGCAGGGUCUCUUGUACCCUCCCCCUAGUCGCACGUUGGGACUGAGCCCACGACGCUGAGUAGGAGAGAUUACUACCUGCUUACAAGCAACAGGUCAGAGAGUUUCCUUGACACAAGCGGUGUGCUUACCUGCCGACCGACUGUCGAGGGGGGCAGCUUGACUGAAGGUGUGUGUUGUCAAGUGCUGCACAGGAGGAAAGGAAGUGAAGAAAUUUUCCCUUGAUAUCGGUGACAGAGAGUGGAAGAUGACUACUACCGUGUAUUGGUCAGUGAUGGUGGUUGUGGUGUUGCUGUUGACGGUUGGAUUACUCGGCGACGCGCUCCUGAUGUCACCUGGGGUCAGUCGCCACUCGUCGCCAAGUGUCAGGGGUCGCUCAGCUGCCCGAUACCCCGCGUCCAGGGGCACUGCUUCUCUCCCUGUACACGGGGAUGCUGCGACCACCAUCGUGGAUGUUGAGGACGAGAAAUGCCAGGAAGGAGGCUGCAUACGGGCACCAACCAUCAACAUCCGGGUGUUAGACAAAGCGCGGGGAAGACAUAACCAAGAUGGACUUCAGGCAAAGCACGGAGACAGUGGGCACCACAAGCCGGUGUCGCCAGGCCCACAAUACGUCACCAGCCGUUCCCACGGCAACGACAAGGAUCGUCAGUCUUCGGGAAACGCGGAGGUUCUGGGCUGAUAACCAGACAUGACCCUUCCUCGGAGACAGAUUCUUCCAGUGCUUCUAUCCAUCCAGCCAAAGGCCUUGUACUCAGGUCACACGGAAGACUUCGUGUGGACGGACGCACAGCGCACGCACGUGCAGAAGAGUUGUCUGAUCAGGGAAAGAGUUACUCACAUUCAUCGACAUCAGCACCCAAGUCCGAUCAACGGUCAUCUUCCGGGUCGUCGAAGUUACAUCGUGGUGGUCAUUCACUUCGAGGACAGCAAAGGCGCCAGGAGGAUGGACUCGAGGCACACAGACACGAUAGUGUUUCAUCCAGUUCCGGCAACAUGGAGAAACCAACCAGUGUGGAUUCAACCGUUCUUGGACACCAACAGUUACAUCUGGAGUCAGCGGUUAGAGGCAAAGACAACGCGCAGAAAGACCACGGACCUACUCAAACCAAACAGAAAAUGGACAGUGUUCACAGGCGUCACAAAGACAAGCGAACAGGAAAGAAAAACAAUCACAACUCCAAAGAUUCGCAGGAUAAACAUGAAGCGAGGUCUUCUGGCCCGACAACAUCAGAGAAAAGUCUUGACGAUAACACAAAAGCCGUUUCUUCUCAGACGGGGAGAGGCACCAAGGGCAAAUCGUUUUCGUCUAAAGUCACAGAUGCAAGACCAACAGAACGGCUGGGUCACGAGCGAAGAAUACCCCUUUGUCUAAAGACCGGGGUGGACGACAACCGAAGGGAGAAGAUACCGGUUGGCAGGAAGGAGAUCUUUCGGACAUCGGGGAGUAUGCUGACGACUUUCCCAGGCGUCCCGCUGCCGCUGAUAGACUAGAACGACGAAUGUCUCCCAAACUGGGCGAAACCAUAAGAUCUUUACUGGAGUCCAUAAACCGCGUGAUGGGGGUGGUUAGCAACCAGAUGCAUUACGUCCACAACGACAACGACUACGUCUUCAACGGCACGCGCUACGUCAUCAUGACGGGCGUACGAGAGCAGCUGAAGGAGAUAGCCAAGGCUAGCGACAUAGCUUACGACGCCGUCCUGAGAGCGACUCUGUUGACGAAAGACAUCUACAUACGGGCUCAUCGCGGGCGACUGACAGGCCCCACCACCAGGUCCCUAUCUCGCCCCGAGAUGAGCCUCCCUUCCCUCUACACCUUCAUCAGCAAGGCUUAUUCCGAGGACAGGGAAGCACAGCAGAUGCUGCGAGACAUACAGAAUUAUAAAAGGCAACAGCAAAGGAUACAAGUCAGAUUGCACCAGAUAAGGGAAAAGUUACAAAAUAAUCACGCACCCAACUCAUUACGAACUGUGGUGUACUAUGUGAACAUGACAAACCAUAAACUCAGAAAUGAACUCAACUACGCUACACGCAUGCGCAACAGCAAGCGCAAUAACAUCAUGUUGGACGAGAGACGCCACGACCUUCUCAUCGCUAAGGACCUGCUGACGAAGGCCGACGACCAUCUGGCUAAGGGCAGCCAAGACUACAGGGGCAACUACCAGGUCGUACAAGAUUUCCGACGAUUGUCAGCGGGAAAGGACGAGGACAAUGUUGGGCCGCCAGUCUCCCUCCGCAGACGUCCCCCCGACAAUGACGUCACUGCUGAGGAGCGAAGACAGAUCCUGCAGAUCAUCGACCGCGUGCGCGAGCAUGCACGUCAGCAAGAGGAACGUGCGAGACAGAUCGAGAGGAUUCUGCAACCCGCCAUACGCAGGAGCCAGCUCGUGACGAAGCGAGAAGGAGCACGAGAUGCCGUUCUUCUGACGAUGAUAGGCGAGCGCUUGACCACCGACGGCAAGAAACUCUUCUCGCUUCUGGACACACUACGAGUCCUCGUUGGCAGCCAGCAGGAGCUCAGGUGGAGACCACCGUCGGAGUUGCUGGGCAGGGUAGAAGGAUCUGGCGAUGAUGAGGACGAUGACGACGAUUAUGAAGGCUGUGGAAGUGGGGUAUCACCGCUUGACUUCAUAGACGAUGAAGACUUUGUGUUUGUAGAUGAAAAGAAACCGACAAAACGGCCAUCUUCUACUUCUGCGAUGGCGGAAUUUGGAGAAAAGCUGUCAGUCUACCUGGAUGGUGUCAACCUGAGGAGUAACGAUGUCGUACAGCGCGCGGACCAGGUGUACGACAGGACAACCGAAGCUGCUAAGCAGUGGCAGAGCGUGGAGAAAGUGACGGAGGACACCGCGACAGCCUACAAAAAUUGGAAAGAUUUGAAGCCAAUGGUACAAAACUUCAUCGUACAUGCCGACAACACCAGCAAGAUGGCCAAAGAUUUGAGCGAAAGGGUCAACAGGUUCCACAGCUCAGUCAAGGAACGCAUGGACAGAGCAGUUCACAUUGCGGAACGUGCACUGGCCAAGGCGACAGUCAACAAGACUGAGCAGUCUCCGUCUCCAGGGCAACCAGAAACGGACAAAGUAGCCAGCGAUGACGCAUCGGUUAUCAUCGAGGCCUUUCAAAAAGUGAGUGAAGUGCGGAGCAACACGCAGGCCAUUGCUAACAUCAGGAAGGUGCUGCCUCGCACGUGCGACCAGGCCACCCGACAGAUUCAAGCCCUGCGGGACAAUAUCUCGCACCUGAGAUUACAGGUGCAAAGAGCUCGAGAAUUGCUGCAGAGCAUGCAGCUUUCUGUCGCAAAGACUGGCAAUGGCUACCUGUCAAUUCCUGCUUGUACACGACGACAUCACGCCGUCACUCACAACAACAAUCGAUGUUUGUAUCCGGAGUCAGACAAAUAAUGGACCCAUUGUUUUCGUCAAAGGGAACAACUCGGUAUCUUUGAGUCUGUCCUUAGA